GCGUGCCCAGCGCACCGCGCAGAACCGCGCGCGCCGUACUCCGUUCCUUUGUGUAUGCAGCGGCGUGUGUGCGUGCAACGGUGCAACGCUACGGCCGGUGUGGACAGUGCGCCGCGACACUGGCGCGGGGUAGAGAGAGGACUCGUGUCGCGCGAUCAGUGACAGACAAGAUGGCGGAGGUGCGCCUGGUGCAGUGGUGGUAGAGCGGUGCAUAUCGCACGGGCCCCGCGUCAACGUGUGCUGUGCGGGGUAACGCGUGUGUGCGCGCGCUCGCGCGCGCGCGCCCUCGCGGGGUGGUGGGGAAGGGGAGGAUUGCGGUCCCGCUGGCGAGAGCACCCUCCUGACAACGACAGCUGGACGUGUGACAUGGAGCAGCGGGUGUUCUCGGCGGUGACGACGAAGCGCCGCGGUCACCAGCAUCAUCCGCGGCACACCACGCGACGACGUCUCGACGCCUCCAGCAGAGGACCCGCGCAGUGUGGCCCUGCUGAGGGAACCGUCAGGAAUGUCACGCUCGACGACGACGACGACGACGUCGUCCGACUCGUCGCCGCGACGGAGCCAUCCGUGCCGCAAGUGACACUGCGGCCUGCCACGAGGCAAAUCGUCGACGACGAGUUCGGGACGAAGGAGGAGAAGGAGAGGAAGGAGGAGGAUGAGGGAGACCGCAGGAGCGACGACGACGUCCGACAGAGGCUCGCGCAGUGUAGCCCGGACGUUCCCGCGCUCGGCGAGAGCAAGGACGCCGAGCGCGGCGAGAUCACGCAGGAUCACGCGGGGGGGUUGGGCGGCAGGAGGAGGAGGAGGCGGAGGUCCCCCCGAUCCAGUCCACGUGGGAAGAGCCCCCCCGCCGACAACGGUCGUCCUCCGCGGAGCAAGAGCAACUCGCCCGAGCCCGAGCACGCGGUCGCGAGGGCCCGCGGCGACGGCAACUCCGACGACGAGUCCGCCAACGUCGAGGAGGACCUGGAGCUGGCGGAGCUCGCCAAGCUACGCUGCCCCAGCGAGCGCACGGAGGUCCAGGCCGAGCGGGAGGCCCGCAGGCGGAAGAGAUGCGCCGACUAUCCCGGGCUCGCCUUCGGCUGCUCCAUAUUCUCCAGCGACACGAUGAUGAAGUUCAGUCUGAUAAAGAACGAACUCCAGAAUAUCAUGGGCAAUCAGCUGAAGCGGGCUGAGUCUGAAGUUGCCGCCUUGAAUCGCCGUAUUCAACUGCUGGAGGAGGACCUUGAGAGAUCCGAGGAGCGUCUUGCCACGGCCACCGCCAAAUUGGCGGAGGCAUCGCAAGCUGCCGAUGAAAGCGAACGGAUACGCAAGGCUCUCGAAAAUCGCACUAACAUGGAGGACGACCGAGUAUCCUUGUUGGAGCAGCAGCUAGCACAGGCUAAACUGAUCGCAGAAGAGGCGGAUAAAAAAUACGAGGAGGUCGCCAGGAAACUAGUCAUGAUGGAACAGGAUCUCGAGCGCGCCGAGGAAAAGGCCGAGCUUUCCGAAUCCAAGAUUGUCGAGCUUGAAGAAGAAUUGCGUGUCGUCGGCAAUAAUUUGAAGUCCCUCGAGGUCUCUGAAGAAAAGGCCAACCAACGCGAGGAGGAAUACAAGAAUCAAAUUAAGACCCUUACUACUCGUCUAAAGGAGGCUGAGGCACGCGCUGAGUUUGCAGAGAGAUCCGUGCAGAAACUCCAGAAGGAAGUUGACAGGCUCGAAGACGACCUCGCAGCCGAGAGAGAGAAAAACAAAUUGCUACAGGAGGAGAUGGAGGCCACCCUGCAUGACAUCCAGAACAUGUAGAUCGUAUUUUUCGCGGUGAAAAUUAACGCGAAAAUAACACGAGAACAUUUAGAAAGCAAGAGAAUAAUCAGAGAGAAAGAAAGAGAGAGAGAGGGAUUGAAAAAAACGGAAAAUAAAUACAAGAAAAUAAUAGAAUGGCGGCAACGAGAAGUGAAUGAGAAACAAACACGCCGUUACACGGCGCGAGCGCUUCGUAUGUGGUGCACACCUUACAUUAACGGAUAAAAAUACAGUCUUUAGACUAGUCUUAUACCCUCCAUUACGUCCAUCCGCAGUGCGUGUAUGUAUUAUGCGUGCUUGUAUGCGUUCGAGAGUGUGUCGUAUGCGUGUCGCGUGUCGUAUUUGUAUGUGCGUGACGUAAGAAACUGAUGUGGGAUGAGAGGAAGAGUCGAAAAUGUGUACAUGUGUGUAUGCAUGCAAGGAAAAGUAAAGAAGAUAUAGAACGAAAGGAUCGGUACGACAGAGAGAGAGAGAGAGAGAGAGAGAAAGAGGAAGGAUGUAAGAGAUAGAAAGGAAGAAAAAGGAAGAAAUAAAUAAUAGGCGACAAGAACAGACGGCAGGAUAGUUUCGUACAUAAUAUGAAGUUAUUUGUAAUCGAAAUCUGAUUUUUUAGCUUUAGAUUUUAACUUACAUAUAUGUAUAGUCUGUCUUUAAAUUUUAAUUCGAGAAAAAUUGAAAGACAUGGCUGCGACCGGUUUGAGGCGUUCUUCGAACACGCUGUGAUUUAAAUUUGUUACGAAAAUGAUUACUGGCCGUGGGAGCAAUACGUGAGUAGAGAUUAGAGAGGUAGGAAAUAGGAGAAACGGAGACGAGACGAAUCGGAUUAUUUGUACCGAGAGAAGAGACUCAAUGAGAAAUUAGGAGCCAAUUUUUUCAAGCGUGUCAAUUUUAUGCGCCAAAGACGAUGUUUAAAUACGACAUGUUAUAUAAUUAUAAUAUUGUACUUACCCUAAGGUUCGAUUUACGCUCAAAGCGCCAUUGGCAUCAUUCUAUCUUUAUUUACUAAGGAGUAGAACGAUAAAGAUGGAAUGAUGUCAAUAGCACUUUGAGCGUGAAUUGAACCUUAGCCUUAAUAUAUAAUUAUAUAGUAAACUGCUCUCGACUUAUCUGAUAUCUGCAAUCAGGUUCCGUCCCCAUUAAAGAUAAACGAUUAUCGAGUAACAAAUCUUUUUAGAAGUGACUUAUGAAAAAUUUUUUUAUCCUUCAAUUGAUUUGUUUUUCAUCGAAUCGAACCUUUCAUCGAAUUUAGCGCGGUGCUUCUCUCGGUACAAAAAUACGCGUAGCAGGAUUGUAUAUAAUGGAGGGAAAUAGUGUUCAUUUACUUUUCGCACCAUUUUACAUUUUGCAUUCCACGCGGCUCAGCUCGUGCGAGAAGGGAGAUUCUUUCGUCAGUUUCUUUCGUCUGUCAGUUUUUUUUUUUUACAGCGACACUAUCGCGUUAUCUUCUCAUUGCCGCCGAAAGCAAAGACGACGAAUGAUGCAAUAACUGUGCAUUUAAGAGGACACCACUGCCAAACCUUCCCAGCAAUUUUUCUAAAAGAUAUAUUUUCGUAGUACGUUUUUGUCUUCGUUGUGCAAUAUUUAAUCAAACAAUUACAAUCGAAUUACCAACGUAGUAUUGCCAUAAUUAAAAUCCUUUUUUUCUUCAUAAUGUGAAAUAAUUGAGAUUUUGUAUCUGGCCUAUCUAUGCAGACAUAUGUAUGUAUCACGUAUGCAAAUUUAACUUAGAGCCUACGGAAAAUUGAUGAGCGCAUAAUACUUAAAAUGCAAACAGGGAAGCAACUGGCUACUUGAUCAUGCAGUGCAGCUUCCCGUGCUAGCUGAGUCAUUCCAAUAUUUUUUUACCGAUCGUGCCUGUAUAUAUUUAUGAUAUAAAUACUAACCACGGCCAAACAUCAAACUUCGAUGCAGGGAAUGUGCUUCGUUUCGAAUGUAAGAGCGAAUGAAAGAUCGGAAAUAAUUACCGAUUGUCGAAAUAAUGCAUAUCCGAUAUUCUACUUCGCGACACGUAGGUCGCCUCGAAUUUAUUAUAAUUACUAUUAAUUGAUACAGUUGUCUAAUGUUACUGCUAUUUCGCGCUCGCCAUCGAGUAUCGUUUAUCUCGCGAUUGAAAUUUUUCUCUUCCAAUCUUUUUUUCUUUCUACUGAAAAGUGUAAUUUAUGUCGCGUGUACUGCCUCGACCUCAAUGGGUCGUAACCUAUCAGAGUUAUUCUUAUAGCACUUUUCCUGCAACAUUAUUCUUGGAUGGCCUUUUGAUGUAGGAAUGUACAUCGUCCUCUUCCCGUUCCGAUAUAUAAAUGCAUGUACAUUAUCGUCGCUCGCAUAAUCAUUGGAGCAACCAUGAAGUUAUAUUAGACUAAAUCAAGUUUGCGUUUUAGGAUCAACUCCCGAUACUAAAAAGAUAGAAACGUUUCGCCUUUCACGCGAAAAACACUCUAAUUUUAACAAUUAGCUUUUUAUAGUUUGUUAACAUUGCAUUGAUUUGUUUGUAUAAAUCAAUAUUUGUGUAGUAUUAAUAUAAUAAGUGUAUUGUUACGUGAUUUUGAAAUAUGAUCACGUAUAAUGACGUCUACCUAAACGUUAUUGGUGAAAUAACGUUUUGGAAAUUUGGACUAAUUUCAAAUUAUAUAUCUCCUAAAUAUUACAUCUUUAUUUAUACGUACGAAGAUGGCGAUGAACUAUCCAAAGUACAGUAAUAUAUCCGUUAUCGAAAGGCCAUCCGGAGACAUCGUUUGUUCUCCAAAUUAACGCCGCCACGUGCAAGCGUUAUUAAAAAUCAGGAAAAUAAUCGCGAAAAGCACAACCACGAGACCUAUAUGUCCUAUCGUUGAUUUUUGUUAGCUACAAUUCUUUUCUUUCUGAAUACACUACUAAAAUUACGGAAACACAGAUACUUGA